CCUCAGUUUGAAGGAGUCCGGAUCGCAUAGCCCUCAGAAGUUAAUUGAGGCAUCACUGCAGGAGAGUGCUGAGGAGAUGGUGCAGUGAGAACAUCCGAGAAGAUUAAACCUGACAACUGUUAGAGGAGUUUGUUCGAGUUUUUUUAAUCUCUUUUCUCCGGUGAAGUUGGAUGGAGUGAUUGAUACUCACAUCAGUUUGAAUUACCGUGUGGGGGCUGUGGUUUUUUUGUGCACAAUGGAUUUACACAUUUCCAGACGGACAGAAGUGUUACUCGUUGUUUUCAUAUUGUUCAGCCUUCUGUAUGGCUCCAGAGGAGAAAUCCCUCCGAAACCGACCGGCGGUGUCACGAUUGUCCCCCCCGUCAAGCCCGAUGGCCCCCAGGCCUUUCCAGACGCGGAAAAGGCAAAUUUACCCGUGUUUACAAUGGAUUACCCAAGAAUACAGAUCCCAUUUGAAAUCACUCUUUGGGUGCUGCUGGCUUCAUUCGCAAAAAUUGGUUUCCAUGUAUACCACAAGAUCACCAUCUGGGUGCCCGAGUCCUGCCUUCUGAUCAGCAUUGGUCUGAUUGUGGGUGGCAUCAUGCACUCUGUCCAUGAGGAGCCCCCCGCUGUGCUCAGCAGCAAUGUCUUCUUCCUCUACAUGCUGCCCCCCAUCGUCCUGGAUUCGGGCUACUUCAUGCCCACCAGGCCUUUCUUCGAGAACAUUGGCACGGUGUUGUGGUUUGCAGUGGUGGGGACUCUGUGGAACAGCAUCGGCAUUGGCAUGUCUCUGUUUGCCAUCUGUCAGAUCGAGGCGUUUGAAGUGCAGGACAUCAACCUGCAGGAAAACCUGCUGUUUGCCUCCAUCAUCUCGGCUGUGGAUCCUGUGGCUGUGCUGAGUGUGUUUGAGGACGUGUCUGUCAACGAGCAGCUCUACAUUGUGGUGUUUGGGGAAUGCCUCUUCAAUGAUGCCGUCACUGUGGUGUUGUACAACAUGUUCAACUUUGUGGCGGAGAUGCCGGUUGUGGAGCCAGUGGAUGUUUUCCUUGGGGUGGCGAGGUUCUUCGUGGUCGGGCUCGGUGGGAUGGGCUUCGGUAUCCUGUUUGGCUUCGUGGCCGCCUUCACCACAAGAUUCACCUCCAGGGUCCGAGAAAUAGAGCCGCUCUUCAUAUUCAUGUACAGCUACCUGGCCUAUCUGGUGGCCGAGCUCUUCGCCAUCUCGUCUAUCAUGGCCAUCGUGACCUGCGCGCUCACCAUGAAGUACUAUGUGGAGGAAAAUGUUUCCCAGCGUUCCUGCACAACCAUUCGCCACGUGGUCAAGAUGCUCGGCUCCAUCUCUGAGACCCUCAUCUUCUUCUUCCUGGGGGUCGUCACGAUAACAACGGAACACGAGUGGAACUGGGGCUAUAUCCUGUUCACCUUGCUGUUUGCUUUUAUAUGGAGAGGGCUGGGUGUCUUGGUGUUGACUCAGAUCAUUAAUCCUUUCCGCACCAUCCCAUUUCACCUGAAAGACCAAUUUGGUCUGGCCUAUGGCGGCCUGCGAGGUGCAAUUUCAUUUGCCUUGGUCUUCACUCUUCCUGAUAACAUCGGCCGCAAGCAGCUCUUUGUCACUGCCACCAUUGCUAUCAUCCUCUUCACUGUCUUUCUUCAGGGCAUCAGUAUUCGACCUUUGAUCGAGUACAUCAACGUCCGCAGAACCAACCGCAAUCUGGACACCAUCAAUGUGGAGGUUCACUGCAGGCUCAUGGAGCACACCAUCGCCGGCAUAGAGGACCUCUGCGGACAGUGGAGCCACUUCUACUGGAAAGACAAGUUUAUGAAGUUCAACAAUCGAAUCCUGCGGAGGAUCCUGAUCCGAGACAACCGGGCUGAGUCCAGUAUUGUGGCGCUGUAUAAGAAGCUAGAACUGCAGAACGCCAUGGAGAUCCUGGACACGGUGUCUGGAGACAUCAGUGCUGCUCCAUCUAUCGUGUCUCUCUAUGAAGAAAAGAAAAACUCUGGUAAACCUAAGAAGAAGUUCCUGGCUAGUGACCUGAAGAGCAUGCAUGACAUCCUGUCCAAGAACAUGUACAAGAUCAGGCAACGGACGGUGGCAUACACAAAUAAGCAUGCCCUUCCCAAUGACAGCCAGACAAAAGAGAUACUGAUCAGACGACACACCAGCAUCCGUCGAAGCCUCCGACCUGGCAGCUUUCAGUCAUCGGUGGUGCCCAAAUCUCAUAAGUACUUCUCUCUUCCUGCUGGGAAAAGUCUGGAAUCAAAAUUUCCUCCCACGAGGCUGAGCUACACAGAUGAUCAGGAAACAAUGUCAGAGGUGGCCUACCCCUCCAGACGUUCUCGUUUUCACCAGCCUGGGCGCUCCUCCUCCAGAGCUAUGAUGCCUCUACAAAGGUUGGACACUCUAAAAGAGGCGCCCUCUGUUGAUGUGCUGGAUGAAAGCACAGGGGAGAGAGGCCGGAUGGGGCAUGGCAUGUCCAGAACAAACUCCUCCUCCAGCAAUGCCCGCAUACCUGCUCCUCGCCGUCAAUUCCCCCCCUCUGUUGACCAUGACAGCAGUUCAGCUGAUAACUUCAGAAAUGGGCAUCAUGAAGCAACAGCAGAAGAGGAGGAACAGCAGCAGCAGCAGCAGCCUUCGUCUCCAACUCCAGCCUGGGCAGCUGAAACCCAAGACAACACAGCACAAAACCCCCUGCUCAGACGGCCUCAGUGGAACCCGAAGAGGAAGUAAAGGUGUGCCUGGGCUUUCAGAGAGCAGCUGGCCUGCCACAGACUGAAUCUCAUGAUCUCAAGCAUCUCCAGGGUCUGUACAUAAAACUGUGUAUUAAUACCACAAAAAGGCAGAGUUUGUGAACACUGGAGGUCCAUUCAUUUCUUAUUGGAGGUGAACCAACCUCCAAAAUGAACCAGGCUGGAGAGUAAUAUCUUGAAGUCAGAAGCACAGUGCACUGUAGUGAAGGAACUGUAUAUGAACUGGCAACAGUGAGUCAUUCUGCCAAUUCAAUUUCAACCGUUGACAUCAAUGUGAUUUUAAAUACUUUUUAUCUUGUACUUUUUUCUAAAUGUUUAAAGACAAUCUAAUUUAAACUAUUUUAUUUUGAGUGAUUAUUUCUUUGUCCUUACAUGUAAAUACUAUACUUUUUUUGUAUGUUAUUGCCUAUUGUGUGUGACAGAUGUAUGAUUGAUAUAGGCCAUAUUAUGUUUAAGAUGAGGACUUAUUGCUGUGCAGUACAGAGUACUCCUGACUAUCUGUAAGCCUUUUGUAUGUCUGUUACACUGAUGGACCUCACAAAUCUCGGCCCACUUCGUUUUUUUCUUUCUGCAAUAAAUUUUCUACAUUGUUGAAA